UUGUCUUCCUUGUCUAUAAAUAAACGUGUAGCUCCUCUGGAAGCGGUGCGCAAGUCCAGUGUUCGUGUUUUCUAUUUCACUUUGAUCGGAGUUUGAAUCUCUACAUGGUCGCUACAGUGGAUUUAAGGCGACUUGAAGAGCGAGUCGGACCCCGAGGUUGGGAACCGAGGUGGCUUGAUCUAACACAUCAGACCGGCUGGAGGGCUCCGGGUCACAAAUUAAACCAGACCGGUGGCCGAAUAUCAUUUUUUUAUCCUAAUGUUCUGUCAACAGUAGUAAUAUAACAAACCUUGGCCGAGCCCGGGUUUGCAUAACUUCUGUAAAGUUCAGAGGCAGACACCUUGUUUCCGCUUCAGUCUGCAGAGACAGCCAGGUAAACAACAACAACACCAUGUCGGAGGAUAACAACGCAGACAAGUUCAUCAAGGAGACAUCCAUUCUCGAUGAGUACAACAUAAACUGGACUCAGAAGUUGGGAGCUGGCAUCAGUGGACCUGUCAGAGUUUGUGUGAAGAAGUCAUCUCAGGAACGCCUGGCCCUGAAGAUCCUCAUCGAUCGCCCCAAAGCAAGAAAUGAGGUGCGUCUCCAUAUGAUGUGUGCCGACCAUCCGAACAUCGUGCAGAUCCUUGAGGUUUACGCCAAUAGUGUCCAGUUCCCGCACGAGUCCAGUCCGAGAGCGAGACUCCUUAUCGUAAUGGAGAUGAUGGAGGGCGGUGAGCUGUUCCACAGAAUCAGUCAGCACAGGCACUUUACUGAAAAGAUGGCCAGCCAGGUCACUAAACAGAUCAGUCAAGCCUUGGAACAUUGUCACUCUCUAAAUAUUGCACAUCGUGACCUGAAGCCAGAGAACCUGCUCUUUAAGGAUAACUCUCUGGAUGCACCUGUGAAGUUGUGUGACUUUGGCUUUGCCAAAAUUGAUCAAGGAGACUUGAUGACCCCUCAGUUCACUCCCUACUACGUAGCACCUCAGGUACUUGAGGCUCAAAGAAGACACCAGAAAGAAAAGUCUGGAAUUAUACCUACCUCACCCACUCCUUAUACCUAUAACAAGAGCUGUGACUUGUGGUCUCUCGGCGUGAUAAUCUACGUGAUGCUGUGUGGUUAUCCUCCGUUCUACUCCAAACACCACAGUCGCACUAUCCCGAAAGACAUGAGGAAGAAGAUUAUGACGGGCAGCUUUGACUUCCCUGAAGAUGAGUGGAGUCAGAUCUCUGAGAUGGCCAAGGACAUUGUACGCAAGCUGCUGAAAGUAAAACCAGAGGAGAGACUGACUAUUGAAGGAGUCUUGGCUCACCCUUGGCUCAACUGCACUGAAGCCCUUGACAACGUGCUGCCCUCUGCCCAAAUGAUGAUGGACAAGGCGGUAGUUGCAGGUAUCCAGCAGGCUCACGCAGAGCAGUUAGCCAACAUGAGAAUUCAAGAUCUGAACGUCAGCCUGAAGCCCCUGAACUCUGUCAACAAUCCAAUCCUCAGGAAGAGGAAACUACUUGGCCCCAAGCCCAGUGAUGGUUUCUUCAUUCACGACCCAGAGAACGGAGGGGAAGACUCCAAUGUGGCGCUGGAAAAGUUACGAGAUGUCAUUGCACAGUGCAUUCUACCACAAGCUGGUGAGAACGAGGACGAGAAGCUGAAUGAGGUGAUGUAUGAAGCAUGGAGGUUCAACAGAGACUGUAAACUGCUAAGAGACGGCCUGCAGGGGCUCAGCUGGGACGGACGAUCGUUCUCAGACAGAGUCGACCGCCUGAAGUUGGCUGAAAUAGUGAAACAGGCCAUCGAAGAGAAGACGAAUCUGGAAGAAUCGCAUUAGCAAACGCUGUCUUUCUAUCCUCUUUUUAUAUUGUUUAUUAUGACCCUUUUUAACCCACAUCUGUAAAGAGGCUUUUUUACGUGAAAAGAUGCGCAAAUGUUUUUUUUCUUUCUUUUUCAUGAACUCACUUGCAAAGACCUAUUGUACAGCUGUAGAAAUAUUUCAAAGAGGACUUGCUUGUACUCGAUUUUUUUAUUGGACACUUGCAAAGAACAUUGAAGAAAAAAGUAUAUUUUCAUUUUUGCAACAAAAAAAAAAGAGAGAAAAGAAAAGAAGACGUUAGUUCUAGACGUUAUUUUCCAGGAGGGCGGUUUUAUUAGCUCCUUGUCCUGGACAUCAAGUUUUUUAUCCCAGUAAAUUCAUUUUAUUCUAUUUUCUUUUCUUUCAAACAUCCUAAGAGUUUUAUUUAUUUAAACAAAGACUUUCAUUAUUUUAUACCUUACUUGUAGCCUGGCAGUGGGCUCAAGAGAAGCUGACUGCAAUGUGAUUUAGUUCUUCCACACAAACUCUGAAUCUCAGACUGACUUUAAAUAAUAUAAAUCUUUGUUUUGUGUAACUUUCCCUUGACCUUUUUGUUUUGUAAAGGUCAAGGAAGAGUGGAAAUGGAGAAAAGAAAGUGUCAUGAAAUAGACUAAUUAAACAGCAGAUUCCUUCUGUUAUGAACUCCUUUUUUAAAGAGGCUUCAUAAAUAAGACUGAAAAGGCGUAAACAAUGGCUGGGUUUCUUUCUUUACUCAUAGAUCAAUUACUUUUUAGCCCAAUAAUUCUGAACACAAAGUUCUUUUUAACCCUUUCUAGUCUAUGAGAUUCCGUUCAAAGUUCCAGUUCAGUUAUGGCCUUUUUUUUUUUUUUUGCCCAAAGAGGUUCUAUUUUCAAGAAUAAUAUUUGAAGUUCAAAAUGUGAGUUUUAGCUCAUCUGCGUGAAGCGAUGAUGCUGUUUGUCAGCGUAUGAAGUUUUGGAUCGGCAGGUUAAAUGAAGUGAAUUUUUUCCAAGUGUAAGGGUAAGAAAAGUUUGAAACAGCUGUCGAUUUUAUACGUCUUCCUCUGUCUGAUGGAAUUAAAAAAAGAAAAUGUCUUAAGUAAAAUUUAGAACUUAAGUGUUUUUUUUAAAUUUUUAGCUUCACCUACAGUGAAGAGAGGAAACACUUUUUAAUUUUUACUUUUUCCCUUUUGAUUUGCACGGUUUCAUCAUCUGUAGUCAUCAAUAUUUCCUUAUUGGUUUAGCCAUUGUGGACAUGUACGUGCAACUCAAGACAGGUAACACAAGUACUCCACUUCACAUUCAACUGUGUUAAAGAGCAAGUGUUUUGUGUUUGCUCCACUUUCUUUCUUUGGCUGGCCACAUCACUGACUGUGCACAGCUUGACAUUUGGCCACCUACAUCCAGCUCGUAAUACUGCAAAUUCAAGGGCUUUGAUUAGUGGUAAUCCAACACUAUAUAGAUAAGUAAAUGGCCCCCCCCCCCCCCCCCCUCCCCAAGUUGCUCCUGCUGCUGCGUCAGCAUUGUUUAAAUGUGUAUGAAUGGGAUUAGUUAAAACUGAUGGACACUUUACAUAGCAGCCUCUGCCAUCAGUGUGUGAAUGUGUAGGUGUGACCUGCGGUAUAAAAAGUGCUUUAAGGAGUCAGAAGACUAGAAAAGCGCUACACAAGCUGAAGUCCAUCUUCGAAAUGAUUACUUUAAGACCAGUCUUCAUCUGUCAAUCUGUGACUCAUUAUAGUUUCUACUGGAAGUCAGAACAGGGUCUGGUUAUACCUGUUUGAGUAGUAUAUUACAAGAGCUUAAUUAUUUGAUUGAGAAACUCCAUGCACGAGCAUUCAGUGUUUCAAUCCAUCAGUAUUACUGUCUCGUCUUUCCUAUUUUAUUUAAAAUGGUUUAAGUACCAGAAGUCCUCCUGAUCAGUCUCAUUCUUUUAUUUGUUACUAACAUCAUAUCAUGUAUUAUCCAGAGUGAAACUACCCCUGCACUGUUUUAUUCUCAGCAUAUCUGAUUAUUGUUUUUCAAACAAGGGUAAAAGAAGGGAUCAAUCAAUCAGGCUUCAUGACUGAAAGGGUUGACUGAAACUUCUCCUCUUCAGUGCCUGAUCAUUUCUUUGUUUUUUGUUUAUUUUUAUUUUCUUUAGAUAUAUGAUUAAAUUCCCAAAAGCAGUCUUAAAUAACAAUACUGCAUUCAUCAUUUCUCUAUGACCUUAAGGAAACAGUAUUUUUUGAAGUGUAAGCAGACAUUUUUUUUUUUUACCGUUUUGUUGCUGUCUUUUGAAAAAACUUGAAACCCCACAUUUGGUGAUUUUGCAUCAUUCAGAUGCUCUUGGGUAUUGGGUGGUCCUGUCAUCAUCGAGAUAAUUACCAUACUAAAUAAACAUUUUAAACAGUUUCCACAAACCUAAAAACAGGGCUGAAAUGGAGACAGGGCAGUAAGAAUUUGUAGUUUGGUCUUUUUCACACCAUGUGUAACUGAAACAUCUACAAGCCUUCUUUAGUACCCUACAUGUCUGUAUUUCCUAUUCUGAUUCGGUUGGAUAUCCUAAAUUCAAACAAUCAUUGUUAACAUAAUUCAGAGAAGUCCCUUUUGAUUGUCAUGCGGUUUAAAAAUACUGAUAAUCUUUUUUGUGGAGGCCUUAUUAAGUGGCUUAAAUCUAUGCGCAAAUAUGCCUUUUUAAUUAGGCUACUAUUAUUACAUCUUUACUAUUUAGUUACUACUAAUAACAGGAUGAAGGAGGUGCUCAGAAUUAUUUAAAGUAGCCAAUUAAUUGGCGUCUUUUUGGGCUGUGGUUGGUUUCACUUUAGUAUGAAGGCUUUCAUUUCACAUUUGUCAUUGGAUUGGUCUUUUUCAUACUUUUGAAAAAAAUUCACUGCUGAUAAUAUGUCUGUUCUCUUGCCUAGAUUCACAUGUAAUAAUGCUUGAUACCACUUGUGUUUUCCAUUUUAAUAUAGCCUAAGGCGAAAGCUAGCGGCCAAGUCCGACGGCAGCAAAAUCCGUACACCAACAUAUCUCGUACUGUAUCAUUUUCUGUCUUUUUGUAUAACCCCGUUUCAAAAAUUGACGAUUGAAAUAAAAACAUUGUCUCUUUUAUAGGCGGUGAAUUUUUUAACAAGCUUUCCGGGAUUAUCAGCAGAAUUUUUUUUCUGGUGUUCCAUCGAAUAAUGCUACCUAUUAAAAUGUGAGCUCUGCGCUUCUAAUGCGCAUGAGCAGAUCCACAGCUCUGGGCACCUGUCAUCACGCCACUUCAUGCAAACUUCUCCUGAAAUCUUAUUUAAUGGUUUUGUAACUGAGAACCAAAACCUGCCCAGAAAUCCAGUACAUGUCUUUACAGCCACUGAUUACUGCCUUGUGAUUUUAUUUUAUUGUUUUGAACGAACAAACAUGUAAACGUGUUAAAUAACUUGUGCAGGUUCUUUUUCAUUGUAUUUUCUUUUAGGGUAUGAAUUAUUUUUUUUCUUGGAGAUGGUAUCAAUCCAACAAUAAUAUUCAUCGUUUUCCUAUUUGACAAACUUAAAUGUGCAGAAGUCAGGUUUGUUAUUUGGUUUAUCGUCGUUUGGAUCAUUCAUUUGAGGGCACAAUAACUUAAAUUGACCGUGUUGCAGAAUCUGUAGAGUCUUUCAAAAAUGUGGAACCAUAUAGCAUUGAUUUCUUUGACCAUGUUUUUAAUGGACGUGUGACAGGGAGAGAGUUUCUAACUAAUUUGUGUGAGGGUGGAUUUGUAAACUUAACCUUAUUUGUGUAUUUGGAGGCCUAUCAUUAAAUCAGAGAUGCUUCCUUUACCUACAAAUAAUAUUUAUAUCCUUUUCUACCCGAGUUCUGCAUUACUGUUGAAGGGUGGUGUGGUUUUUAUUUGGACUUUGUUCUGUGUAGUCUCGGCAUGUUUCUUGAUAUUGUUAUUCCUAACAAUGAAAUUCCCAAAAGGAAACAAACAGUCAUGCUUAGUUCGAGUUUACCUGCUGUUUCAUUGCUCAAUCUGGCUCAGUGUUACUAAAAAACAGGACAUCUGCUUAUGACAAUAAUAGUACUGCUGUGGAGCAUUAGUUGCUGCAGGAUGUCCUUCAGACUGAGGUUCAGACUAACCAUGCUUUGACAGAUUUCACAGAAAGUAUCUCUUGUCUGCUUAUUGAAAACGACCUGAAAGGCAGAAGUGUUUUAAUCAGCACUCCUACUCUUUACAAACACCAUUUGCCUCCAUUCUCACCCAUGCUGUACGUGUAUUCUCAAAGUACCGAGGUGGGUUUCUUGUUCUUUGAGUUUCAAGGAUUUUUUUCCUUCACUUGGUCUGGCAUCAAAAACUUCACUUUUAUUUUACAGUCUCCCCCCCCCCCCCCCCCCUCUGGUAUGGCAGUUAUGUAGCAUGUAACCUUCAUGAGAAACUCGCUGUAUUUCUAUCUAUACAUCUAUUUUUGCCCUUUCUGUCUUCUUCAGAAUGUCAUCAACAUGCUGACUUUGUAAUAAAGGAAUUAUUUGACUUUU